UAUCUUGACAAUUGGAUAGUGAAUAGUGAAUAUAGAAUUUCAUAUAAAAGUAUAUGUAUAAUGUGUAUCAUUUGGGGGCGUUAAGUUUAUGUGUUAUUUGCUAUGUUUUGCUACAAAGUUACUGUACAAAUAAUUAACUUUAUUUCCCACAAAUACAAUCCAUUACAAACUGUCAAAAAUUUCUAAUUUAUUGACAUUUGUUUGGAAAUGCUAAUAUGUAUACAUUUCCUGUUAGAAAAUACCGUGCCUUAGCUGCAGAACCAUAAGCAAUUUUUAAUGAUUUCUCUAGAAAAUUUCAACAACACAUUGAAGGCAAAAAGUAUGGAAAACGUUAUGGAGGGUGUAAGUGGACAAUUACAAAUAAAAUAUCAAAAAAUUGCCACAGAAUAUUCAAAAAUUCGUGCUCAGGCAAAUGUCUUGAAGAGAGCUGUGAUUGAUGAACAAGCACGUAAUGCUGAUAUACGAGAGCAACUGAAAGAGAAGGAAGUAGAACUUCGCAGAGCCGAACAAGAAUUAGACAGUUUGUCAUUUCGAAAUCAACAACUAACUAAACGUAUAACUGUAUUACAAGAAGAACUUGACAAAGCACAAAAUAAAUCUAAAAAGGGAAAGAAUAAAUUAUCGGAAAAUAAUAGCCAGGUACUAACAUCUCCGAAUCAUAUCUUGGAUGAAGAAUUUCAAAAGAAAAUAGUCGAAAAUGCCCAGUUAUUAUCGCAAAUCAGUGAUAAAGAUAGCGAAAUUGAAACCUUAAAUGAAAGGAUACAACAACUAGAAUCUAAAUUAGAUUAUUGUGAAAAGUGCAAAAUUGAAUUAGAAUGUCAAUAUCAAAAUACUAUAGACAAAUUGGAAAGAGAAAGAAAUGAUUUACAAAAAAAGUUAAAUGAUAGACAAAAGCAAGAAGAAAAUGUAUCGUGGUCUAGUAACGAAGGUAAACGAGAUGGAUACGAAUCUGAUAAUAAGGUAGGACAUUCCAAUCUCCCAGAGGUAGAAUCGUCUCCAUUUUCAUCGCCGUCUAUAACACGUAAAUCAUUAAAGUCUAUUGACGAAGGUCAUCCUAAGGUACAGGAAGAAAGUAACGACUUUGAUUUUUCAAAAUCGUGUGACCUAGAAAAAGAAAUUAACCAUUGGAAGGCACAAUAUCAUAUGCUUAAAAUAAAAUACGAUGAAAUACAGCAAAAGGCUUGCAUAAGUAAUGUGCAGAUUGAACAUGAAUCUUUGCAAUCUGCAGAAAUAAAUAAUAUGCAGAUUGGAAAGUUAACAGUACCUUUAGCGAUACCAGAAGAAAUUGAAGCUCGAGAAGCAAAAAUCCGAGAUUAUUUUCUACAAGAAAUCGACAAAUUAAUAACAGAAAAACAUAUUUAUCAUGUGAAAAAUUUAACUAUGGCUGCUAAUAGUGAAGUUCUACAAGUUCAUUUAGACACAAGCGAAUCAAAGAGAGAAAAAUGUGAAUCGGCUCUUACAGAAGCACUUUCAAAUUGUAAUACUUUACAAAAAGAUAAAGAGAUACAAGAAGGAAAUUAUAAAGCACAACUCAGUACUAUGAGUGAACAUCUUGCUAAUAUGAAUGAAAAACUCAUUUCACAAACGGAAGAAAUACAACAAUUAAAAUUCCAACUUGUAAAUAAGGCAUAAAACAAUUGGCGGAUAUGGGAGUCUCACCCCUACAAGCAUCGAUCCUGUCAUGAGGCACACUGUGAAUACAGAUGUAUAAUGUUAUUAUCUAAAUGAACCAUAAACAGAAAAAACGAACAUAAUGUGAAAGAAAUUUAAAAGAAUAUAACUCAUUUCUUUUCUAAAUUUUCACAAAUAGAAUUUAAUCUAAAAAUAUCACCAAAUAAAGCUAUAUAUUUAAUUAUCAUCGAUAAAAACGAUUUUCCUGUUAAAGAAUUACAAGGAACUUUUUCGAAUUCAGUGAAAAGGAAUCGAAGAAAUUCAAUUCAGGAAUGAGAAAGUAGAGCCUUUAGCCUUUAAAAUGGACCCACAUAGAUUAUUGUAUGAUUUUUUUCUCACGGGAUUGUAAUACUUCGAAGAUUAACAACAUUUCGACCAAAACUUUCACUCGAAGCACAAGAAUACAUGAUUAGAGUUAAUUUCUUUUAAUUCUAUAAUACAAAUUUAUUUUAUCUUUUAUCACCUAAUAAUUAAACUGAGACACGUAAUAUAUGUUUUCUAAACUAACAUGCAUACAUCUAACAUAAUGUUAAUUGGACAGAUGUUAUAAAGAUAAGUAGAAAAAAUUCUAUACUGUAAAUAUUUCUAUCAGCUUCACUUUUUGUUUCAUCAUUCUGAUUGUUGUAUAUUAGUUAUUAUUUUCCUUGUUUUCAUUCUGUAACACAUUAAUAUGAGUAUCAAAUGAAAUAUUACUUAUAAUUAUAUAAAAGUAAUUAAGAAAUCAAGAGUAUAAGUAAUUAAGCAUUUACCUUCCUGUAUAUUACAGAUUCAGAUUGAGUAUGGGAUUGUAUCAACUUUGAAGAUACAUCUAGCAUUUGUGUAAUAUUUUCAGUAUGAGAAUCCACAAAUUUACUACUUGAAAUAGAAGUAUCAAAUGUUAUAUUAUCAAUUGCAGAAGAUAUGAGUGUAAUGUCAGAUAAUGCAGUUGAAUUUGCAAUGCCCUUCAUUAUUUCACCACUGAUAAUUGUGUCAUCUUGUAUAGACUUAUAUAAAAAUAUAGACGUAUAUGAGAUAAUAUUAAGAGCACAUAAAAUAUAUUUUAUCACAUGUAUGUAUCACUUACAUCAUCAUCUGUUGUUUCAAGGAAUUUCCUGCUUUCUCUAAACUUUUUAAGAAUUUGUUCAUGCGGAGAUGUUACCUUAAAUUGACGAGGAUAGGAAAAGUUUUUCCUUGCUGGAGUUAAUCCUAGAAAAAAUUCACAAAUUAAAUUAAAUGCGAAUAUUCCUUUUUUUUUUAUUAACCUGCGCACGGUAACAAA